AUGGCCGAGACCGAGAUCACCAACCCGAGCGAGCAAUCGCCUAGCUCGCCUUUCCAGAAUGUCCGCACGAAUGGUCGUGCCUUUGAGUCGCCCAACUGGCGUAUGAAGGGCGAAGGUGGUGCCCCCGCGUCCCCCUCCCCUCGCGCCAGCACUUCUCGCCCUUCAUUCGGUCAACGAGGACAGACCCCACAGGCGAUCACUGACGGUCGCCGCUUAUACGUCGGAAAUAUGCCAUAUACGGCGAAGGCGGAGGAUGUGGAGGCGUUGUUCACGGCGGCCGAGUUUUCCAUUGAGCGUGUCGAUAUCGCCGUUGACCCUUUCACUGGCCGGAACCCGUCGUACUGCUUCGUCGACGUGGGAACUAAAGAAGAGGCAGCCCGCGCGAUGGCUGAGUUGGAUGGGAAGGAGUUGCUGGGACGCAUGGUGAGAAUUAAGCCUGGUGUGCAACGAUCUUCGGCAAACCCGGGGUCACCUUCGCCUUCGACUUCAAGUGGUAUGGGAAUGAUGGGAACAUCUGGGGUAGCAUCUCCCAGCAUGGACCGUUGGCGCCGUCCGGACCAAAGCGCCACCGCUGGCAGCUCCAGCUCCAGCCUCAGCACUCCUAAGACGCAAGGUGAUUCCAGCCGAAGGGUUUAUGUGGGUGGACUGCCACGAGUGGCGGAUCAGGAGGAGUUGCAGAGCAAAGUGACAGGGUUCUUCCAGGGAUAUGAAGUGCAAGAAGUGAGUAAGCUGUUUGCACCACACCCGGCCAAGCGAUUCGAGCCCGGUGAGCACAACUAUCUCUUUGUGGAGUUGGCGAGUGUGGAAGAAGCCCAACGGGCAAUGGACAGCCUUAAUGGGGUGGAUGGACCGUGGGGAGGGCCAUUGCGAGUGCAACGGGCCCGAGGAGAGCAGGUGGCGAAGUAA